UUUUGCUCUCAGUUUUCGCCAAAAUGGACAUCCCGCACCUCGCGCGCAAGCAGUCGUCGCAGUUGCUCUCGACCUCGCCCAACCUGCUCUCUGUGGACGGCCAGAAGAUGUCUGCAUCGGCUGCGCAACUCCCCGGCAGCGCCGUGUCGUCUUCAGCUAGCUCAACUGGCUCACUGGCUCACUCGACUGGCUCGAGCGCGUCGUCCGCUGUCUCUGCCUCCGUCGCUGCGCUUCCAGUCACCUGCGAGGAGGAAGGCGACGUUUCAUGCACUUCCAAGGUCUCGCGCAGUGCGUCCGGAUCGAGUGACGCUGGCGCCCAGCACGCGUCCACCAAGCGCCGCACCAUCUUCACGCAUGGUCGUCCGCCGUGGUACAAUGUGGAUGGUCAGCUCAAGGAAGCGUUUGUCAUUGGCAUUGCGGGCGGCAGUGCCUCCGGAAAGACCACUGUUGCGCAGAUGAUUAUCAAAGAGCUCGGAGUGCCGUGGGUGGUGCUUCUCUCCAUGGAUAGCUUUUACAAGGCCUUGACUCCUGCUGAAAUCGAACGCGCCCAUCAAUGCGAGUACAACUUUGAUCAUCCGAACGCCUUUGAUGUCGAUCUGCUGGUCACGACUCUCAAAAAGCUCAAGGAGGGCAAGAAUGUGGACAUCCCAGUCUACGACUUCAACACGCACAGUCGUUUGCCAAACACGCACACCAUGUAUGGCGCAAACGUUAUUGUCUUUGAAGGCAUUCUGGCCUUUUGCCGAAAGGAUUUGCGAGAUCUCAUGGACAUGAAGGUCUUUGUUGACACCGACUCGGACAUCCGCUUGGCUCGACGACUCAAGCGCGAUAUUCUGGAGCGUGGUCGCGAUCUCGCUGGCGUCAUCAAGCAGUACAACAAGUUUGUCAAGCCGGCCAUGGAUGAGUUCAUCGCUCCGUCGAUGAACCACGCCGAUGUUGUUGUGCCUCGCGGCUCAGACAACCAUGUUGCCAUUAAUUUGAUUAUUGAUCACGUGCGCAUGCAACUCAACGAGCGUGGUUUUCUCUUCCGCGAGAAGAUCGCCACGGCUCGCAAGGACGGCCCCAUGCCCGACACGCUGCACGUCUUGCCUCGAGGCAGUCAGGUUCGCGCCAUGCACACAAUCAUUCGCAACCGGGACACGCCACGCGAUGAGUUUAUCUUCUAUUCGCAACGGCUGAUGCGUCUGCUGGUCGAGUACGCCUUGAGCUUUUUGCCCUUCCAGGAGACGAUCGUGACCACGCCCUCGAAUGCCCUUUUCCAGGGACAGCGCUUCAACGGUACCCUGAUUGGAGUCUCGAUUGUGCGCGCUGGUGUCACAAUGGAGGGCUCGCUCCGAGAUGUCUGCAAGGACAUUCGUCUUGGCAAGAUUCUCAUCCAAACCGACGAAGAGACUGGCGAGCCCCAGCUGCACUACUGCAAGUUGCCAAAGCGCCUGGCCGGUGCCCACAUUUUGCUCGUGGAUGCUACCAUUGCCACAGGUGCUGCAGCCAUGAUGGCCAUCCGAGUCCUGCUCGAUCACGACAUUCCAGAAGAGAACAUCAUGUUCCUCUCCCUCAUUGCCGCGCCGUCAGGCAUCCACAACCUCGCCUACGCCUUCCCCAAGGUCAAGAUUAUCACUACUGAGGUUGAUCGCGAAGUCAACGAGCAAUUCCACAUUAUUCCGGGCAUUGGCAACUUUGGUGAUCGCUACUUUGGAACGUCUACCUAAACGUCGUUCAUCCCCACCAAUUCAACUUUCGUGUGCGUGUUGACGUAGUAAACUUUACUUGUUUCUCUUGCCCUGCAAUAGUCCAUCCUC